ACAAUCAAUACAUACAUGUACAUGUACCCACAUGUACCGAUACAUAGGUCGGAUGUGGCAAAUAUUGAUUGUGAUGAAGUUGUGGUGUGUCACCUGAGAUGGAAUGGUCAGAGCACCAACCACUGACAAACACACUCACAGAUGGCACCACUCGCAGGCAGGCAUAUCCAAAGUGCGCAUGGCAAGCAGCUGUGCCUUAAAGUCCAAUGAAUGCUCUCUCUGUACAAAGAUGAGUCAUGACUGCAUGCAGGACUGGAUGCGCCUUGUUGAAAUGUGCAGAAACCAGUAUUGAAAGUCGGUGGUCUUCAUUGCUGGGUGCUUUUCUGCAUUCAAGAGCAGCUGUCACCCAGCCAGACACACUAAUUCAUUUCUGACAAGGGUGGUCCGUGAAGGACCCUACCAUCUCUGACGAACAAGAUGGCGCGGGAGAACGGACACUCCAAGACCAUCUUGGAUGACAUGGUGGGGGUGGGAGACUGCGUGCUCCUGGACCCCCUGACGGAGGACGCCUUCGUCGAGAACCUCAAGCUUCGCUUUGAUGCCGAUGAUAUAUACACAUACAUCGGGAGUGUGGUGGUUUCCGUCAACCCUUACAAGAAGCUGCCACUGUACACGCUGGACAAGAUCCAAGAAUACAGGGGCAUGAACCUGUAUGAGCUGCCGCCGCACAUAUAUGCCAUCGCUGACGAUGCCUAUCGGGACAUGCGGGACAAGAACAGGGACCAGUGCGUGAUCAUAUCGGGCGAAAGUGGUGCAGGAAAGACUGAGGCCAGCAAAGUGGUCAUGCAGUAUGUAGCUGCCGUGUGUGGCAAAGGCAAAGAUGUGGAUUUAGUCAAGGAACAAUUGCUGCAGAGCAACCCAGUGCUUGAAGCAUUUGGCAAUGCAAAGACAAACAGGAAUGAUAACUCCUCGAGAUUCGGUAAAUACAUGGAUAUAGAGUUCGACUACAAAGGUGACCCGAUUGGAGGAGUGAUCACAAAUUAUCUGCUGGAGAAGUCUCGUGUAGUCAUUCAGUGCAAAGGAGAGAGAAACUUCCACAUAUUCUACCAGUUGCUUUCAGGAGGACCCCAACUUUUGCUUGAGGAACUUGGGUUGGAGCGGGAUCCCAAAUGCCAUCAUUUCCUGAGCCAGAGUGGCCCGCAGAUGGCAAGCAACAUCAAUGACAAGGAAAACUUUUCCAUCACACAGAAAGCCAUGCAGAUCAUCGGCUUCAGUGAUGAGGAGAUUCUAGCCAUUUACCAGCUGUUAGCUAGCAUCCUGAAGCUGGGCAAUAUGGAAUUUGAAGCCUAUGUGACCAUGAAUGGUACAGAGGGAGUCAAGAUCACCAACCAAGAUGAAUUAGAUGAUGUAUGUGACAUGCUACAGUGUGAACGGCACGAUGUGAUGCAUGCCUUGACCAAGCGGACAGUCCGUGGCGGCAAGGGGGACAAAGUCGUUACCACGCUGAGUGCCUCCCAGGCGUUCUAUGCCAGGGAUGCCUUGUGCAAGGCCAUCUAUGACAGACUGUUCACCUGGAUUGUCAAGACCAUAAACGAGAGCAUCAGGGUCAAGAUGGGUGGCAGAAAGAAAGUCAUGGGAGUCUUGGACAUUUAUGGAUUUGAGAUCUUUGAGAGGAAUGGCUUUGAGCAGUUCAUCAUCAACUACUGCAACGAGAAGCUGCAGCAGAUCUUCAUUGAGCUGACGCUGCAGCAGGAACAGGAGGAGUACAUUGUGGAGGGCAUCGAGUGGACGCACAUUGACUUCUUCAACAACAUCCCCAUCUGUGAACUGAUAGACAAGAACAAAGCAGGCAUUCUGGCCAUGUUGGAUGAUGAGUGCCUGCGACCGGGCGAUGUCAGCGAUGACACCUUCCUGAACCGUCUCAACGCGUCCCAGUACAUCAUUGGCCACAAGCACUACGAGAGCCGGGCCAAGCUGAAAUCAGACAAGACCAUCAACCACUCCAGCUUCAGAUUACAGCACUAUGCCGGAGAGGUGACCUAUGAAGUGGAUGGUUUUAUUGACAAGAAUAAUGAUCUCCUGUUCCGAGACCUGUCUGAAUUGAUGUUCAAGUGUGAGCACAUGCUACUGCAGGAGAUGUUCCCUGAGGGAAACCCACAGUUUGGCUCCAACAAGAGACCCCCUACAACUGGAUUCCAGUUCAGGCUCUCUGUGGCACAACUCAUGAAGAAUCUCCUGGCCAAGAACCCCAACUACAUCAGGUGUAUCAAGCCUAAUGACUACAAAAAGAGCGACGUGUUUGAUGAGAAGCUGGUUAGACAUCAAGUCAGAUAUCUCGGCUUAAUGGAGAAUGUGAGAGUGCGGCGGGCAGGGUACGCCUUCCGGCAGCCAUACGAAGCCUUCCUGAAGCGGUACAAGAUGCUGUGUCCGUCCACCUGGCCCAACUGGCGUAAGCAGCCCCAGGACGGAGUGCGGGAGAUCCUGACACACCUCAAGGUCACCAGGGAGGAGUACGCGUUUGGGAGGAGCAAGAUCUUCAUCCGCAACCCGCGAACACUGUUUGACUUGGAGGAGCGACGGCAUCGUCGGAUGGAGGGCCUCGCCACCCUGCUCCAGAAAAUCUACCGUGGCUGGAAGGCCUACUCAAGCUUCCAGCUGAUGAGGCAGAGCGCCAUCCUCAUUGAGACUCGCUUCCGGGGCUACAAGGAGAGAAAGAAAUAUGUGGAGACUCGUAAUGCAGCUAUCACCAUCACGUCCUUCUACCGAGGCCACCAGGCCCGCAAGGAGUUCAGGAAAAGACGGUAUCAAGCCCAGUGCCUGUGGGCAGCCAACAUCGUUCACAAAUACUUCCUGGGAUGGAAGGUUCGAAAGGAACACAGGAAACGCUUUAGGUCCAAUGCUGCCCCCAAGAUUGUAGCCUUCCUGCAAAGAUGCAAUCACACACGCUAUCUCCGGCGUUUGCAGCAGCACUUACCCACCAUGUCCCCUCUAGACUACUCCUGGCCUCCUUGCUCCGUCCUACACACCAAGGCCCACAAGCAACUCAAGGACAUCUUCGUCAGGUGGAGGGCUAAGCAGUAUCGGAAAAGAUUUGACGAGCCCACCAGGAUGCGACUUGGAGAGAAAGUAACAGCUAGCAUCCUCUUCAAGGACAAGAAGACCCUGUACUCCAAGAGUGUGUCCAGAGCUUUCCAGGGUGACUAUGUGCGGCUGCGUGCCAACGCCAAGUACAACAAGACCUACUCAGCAACCAACGAGCAGCACGUUGUAUUUGCUGAUGUCAUCAACAAGAUCAACAGAGGGAAUGGAAAGAUGCACUCCCAGCUGUUUGUGCUGACCACCAGCUCCUUCCUGAUGAUGGACCAGAAGACGCUAGCCCUCAAGAGCCGUGUCCCCUUGGCUGAUGUCGCUGGCUUCACAGUCAGCCCUUACUGUGAUGGGUUCGUCGUCUUGCACCUAAAAAAGGGAAGUGAGCACACAAAGAAAGGUGACUUUGUGAUUUUGUCAGACAAAGCCAUUGAGCUGGUCACCAAGUUCCAGCGUAGCAUACGGACGGCAACCAAUCAAGACGUGUCCGUCAAGGUGACCGACAGGUUCCCACUGGACUUCAAUGGUACUCGAGUGCAGGCCACCGUCUGCACGCAGGACGCCAACGUGUCGAAUCCAAACCCCUCCAUCAAAAGGAAAGGUGCCAAACUGGAGAUCAUGGCCUGAGCACAGGUGAAGUGCAGCAAAAGACUGUAGGAUUUCCCUCUGAGUUUGGACGGAUUCCGUUUCCUGGCUAGUUCAUCCAAGACCAAGGUUGGAGUGUUAACCCUUCACCAGCAUAUGUCUCGUGAUCACAGCUUACAGGAGCAUUCAUGAGGGUGAGUGCUGGUGGUCACCGGACUGUUGUCUGGUGCCCUCACAGAAGGUGAAGUGCAAAGGAAUGAGAAUUUUUGGCACUGAAAACUCUAUGUUCCCUUUGACACACAUUGCAUGUGACUGUAUUACAAGACCCCUUCUUAGAGGGGGUUGUUAUUUAUCUGAGAAAUGGACAUUUUGGACAAGGUUAUCGGCAGGAAUAUGUAGUUUAAGAAUGAAAAUAUCAAUAUGUUGUUCUUUUUCCCCCUCUUAUUUAUGAAUCAGUUUCAUAGUAAUGUCAGUUUUGUGUGUGUUCAUGGUGUGUAGAAAUAUUUUCCUUGAUACAUCAGAUGGUAACAUCUCAGACAUAAAUGCUUGCUUUGCCAAAGUGAAUGUCAACUAAUGUUGAGGGUUUUUUUUCUAUAGAAGAGGUUAGUAGUGUGUUUCCGAAAUACUGUUAAAAGGCAGUAACAGUACUCACCUAUAGAGGGCGACGAACACCCUAGUCAUAUCUGUGAAGUUAUAAUUCCAUGUUUAGUAUAGCUUGUCCGUUCACAGAAUCCAUGCUCCUUAUUUUGCCACUGACAUUAAAACCCAAGGGUUUUUUGGUUAUGUGAGUCGGAGUGCCUGUACCUUUAUCAUUUUUGUAUCGUACAUUUUUUAAAUGGAAGCUCCCCAAAUCAGACACUGUUGUGCAAAAAUGAGGAUUUUGGUAUUUCUAGAAACUUGCAAUCAUGUGAUGAUGAAAAGUGAAGUAAACAUUCCAGAGUUUGUGAUUCAUGACUUUUUGUGUUUGCAUAAGAAUUACCAUGUUUUCUUGUCGAGCAAAUUUAUGGAGGAAAUUUUUGGCGUUGGAUUUUUGCGCAUUAGCUAAUCAACUGUUUGAGACAUUUUGGAUUCACUUUUGGCAGCAUCCACCAAGUGUUCCUCUGCAGCAAGUACAAUUUUGUUUUUCUACAGAAAUUAGCAUUCAUGACAAUUCUUCUAAAAGCCGUAUUAAAAUUCACUCCCGUUCAGGACAUAUGUACAUUGACAGGUCACUUCCAAUAUCCAUGUCACUGGCAAAGACUGAAGUUAAGUUGGAGAGAAAAAUCUUUCCAAAGGCAAAUGUUUUAUCGAGAGUGAUUUUGUAAAUGGAAGCUUUUGGCAGAGUUGCAGACCUUUCCUCAAACUUGUUUGAUAUAAAUAUCUGAAAAGAAACCAGAUUUGUAUAAUUGGUAGUGGAAGCACAUUCCAUGAAAUUUUGAAGACAAGUGUUGAAAGCCAAAGGAAUUAUGUCUGUCUCAAUGAUGUUUAUGCUAAGCAAAGUUAACAAAAAUCAUGUUUGAAGAGCAAAAUAGCCUACUAAUCAUGAUACUUAAAUUGCUGACUCAAGUUUGUGUUAUACUAUUAACUCCAAGUAGGACUUGUGUACAUAUUUAGUUUGUGUGGGAGUGAUACCACACACAUAUUUAUAUAUGGCCUAAUCAUCAGUGUCUUCCAUAGUGUCGUGCACAGAGACGUUUGCUUUUCAAAAUGAUAAUGUAGUCUUACAAUUUUGGGUAGAGUUUGUGGAAUCAGUGUGUGUAAAUUUUGAGUGUGAAAACGAUUCCCAGAAAUUAUGGUACUUGGUUGUCUGCCUCUUAUGUAACUAUUGAGCCUCUGUUCAUAGCAGGAAUUGCCUUAUUUCUAGUCCUUGUCAUCGUUAAAUCUGACUUGUAAACAAGAGUGAUAUUCUGUGUGUUAUACCGUACUAUGUUAUAUUCAAAGUGCUAAUUUAAGUUUAAUGAAUAAGAUAAUUAGAAUGCAUGUAUCUUACACUUCUGGGAAUGGUGAUUCAAAGUGGUACCAUGCCAUUCAAGUUUUGUUUGUUUGUUUGUUUGUUUGUUUAUAUAACAGUUACUGAAGUUUAUUCAUGUACCAACAGCUUUUUUGAUCAGAAUUUAGUCAGCUGCUGGGCUGGCUAUUCUCUUAAGGUUCUAAACAAGAUAGAUCCAGCUAAGAAAAGUAAGCAACCAUUAAUUCAUAACUGGAUAAAUGUUCUGCUUUCAAAUUUCAUUUUUUGGGGAAAAAGAUCAGUGGACACAGCAGUCCUGUGUUGGCUUUCAUUUUGCCGUGGGUAAUCCACAGUGAGUGGAACACAGCAGUUGAAAAGGACUGGUUUGUGUCUGUACACCCCGUACUUCGCAGGUUUGGCACAUUUAUUUAUUUGUUAAAUAAUAUUUAUUAUGACAUCUAGACUACUCAUGUUACUACUGAAAGCAUCUAUGAUUUCAUAGCCUAGGAAUAGUUCAAAUAUACUUGUAAUAUAUAUCAGCUCCUGUCACUGUUGGCAGUGACAGUAAAUCUUUAUUCAACCAAAAACUAACAAGCAAGCAUUCAGAGCAGGUGCUUUUGAACAAGGCACUGUUAAAGUAACAUGUAGUUUGAAAGGAAAUACCAAAGUAUUACGCCAAUGUUAUGCCAAAAAAAUGGCAAAUGUCCAUUUUUAUGGCCACUCGGCAUCAACAACCCAAGCCAAGUUUGACCGAUGUUGGCUUUUAGUACAGGUGUGGUGUCACAUACUUCUAUUUAAAAAUUUAGGAAAUGUAAUCAGUGUACAGGCCCAAUCAUUUCAGUAUCAAUAGAUAUUUAGUCAUGCAAAAAACCAAGUUAUAUUAAAUAUAAUCAGUGUUGGGGAAAGUACUAAAAUAUAUUUGUACAAUUUGCUUCUUCACGUGUCUUAUUCAAAUCUGCUGAAAUCUUUGAAGGUGAAACAUUUCCAAGUACUAAUUAGAACUAUGCAAGGUGUCCCUGUGGUGUCAAACACAGUACUAGAGAUGGUGGAGUAGUAACAUUUUCAAUGGAAUUUUGACAGAAAAGUCUAGUCUGGUGCCUUCUUUUCAAAUAUGACAAAACCAUUCCUCGAUAUGAUAACCAGCUCGGUUUUUCCUUUUAAAGAACAGAGAGGAGAAAAAAAGCAUGUUUCCACUUAACCAUGAGGUACGUUCAAGGGAAAUCACAUUGUUGAAGUUGGCUUUCAGAGAAAAGAAAGCCAAGUUCCUAUUUGUCAUUGUUCUUCAAUUUGUGCCCUGCUGUUUUAGAGGUGGAUGUAUUCUCAGUGGUUCAGCAAGUUUAAUUACAUAUAUAUGACAACUCUAUAACUGAUGUUCUGCCAGUAACUGACAAAUUAGUGCCACGGUAAGUCUUUUCUGUUCUGCAUAAAGCAGUCCAUAAGCUUGAUAUGUUAUCACUUCCUGCACAGUACUGCAUUCAAGCAAUCUCUGUUGUGGACUUCAUGUACAGAAACCAAGGGAGCUAUGCAUAUUCGAGAGUGUUCAAACAUCAUGUCCUACAUAACAGCAGUCAAUAGAGCUACGGCUAGGUCUAUUGUCUAUGCGUCUCCAGGCAUUUCCAAUGGAGCGAAGACCUAGACCUAGCUUCUAGACAAGAGAUUCAGAUGGAGCCUAAGCAAAAGCCUGCCCAGAAUCAUUAGGUGUAGCAAGAGAGUCUGUAAUAUGGACAAUUGAAAUUGUUAUGUUCACGUGGAUUUAAAGAACUCAGUGUACCAGAUUUUAUUCAAAUUUAACUUGCAAAAGGCAUAUUUGUCUUGUCAUAUAUCUGUCUUGAUGUUUUUCACUUGUUUUUUUUUUAGGAAAUUAUGGGCGGCAAAGGAAUAUGUUAGCGACAAGCCAUUUGCGAGUUAAAUUGGAAUAAAAUUUUUUGCACUGAAUUGUCUGACUGCAUAUAAACAUGAUGAUUUGAAUUCCCCAGACUAAAGACACUGUUGCUAUACCUCGUGAUUCGGGGCAAGCUUUCGUAUAGCGGCCACCAUCUCUGGCAUGGACUGGUUCCUUUGUGCCCUUCUUAUCCAUUGAGAACAGUGUACUGUUGCAAGGCAUCUCUUAUGUAACUAAGC